CAUCUCGGUCCUUCGAAACCCUAACCCUAACUUCGAACUCAUUUUUGUUCAGGAAGGAGCGAGAGAAAAGAAGAAAAGAUGAGCCGAACGGGAAGCAGCGCCGGGGCUAAGGGCGGGAAGAAGAAAGGCUCGACCUUUUUCAUCGAUUGUUCGAAGCCAGUGGAGGACAAGAUCAUGGACAUCGCCUCACUCGAGAAGUUCCUUCUGGAGCGGAUCAAGGUCGCUUCUCUUGGCGGAAAAGCUGGUACGUUGGGAGAUGCUGUACGCGUUACGCGAGAGAAGAGUAAGAUCACGGUUACUUCUGAAGGACCCUUUUCCAAGAGAUAUUUAAAGUAUCUGACGAAGAAGUACCUGAAGAAACACAACGUUCGGGAUUGGCUUCGAGUCAUCGCCUCCAACAAAGACCGGAAUGUUUAUGAGCUGCGCUACUUCAACAUUGCUGAGAACGAGGGCGAGGAGGAGGAUUAAAAUCUUAGUUCCAGGCAUUUGCUGUUCUAUUUCUCUGCUUCUUUUUUGGGAUUGGACCUUGAGAAACUUGCAUGUUCUUUUUGAUUUGCUGUUAUUUAUCUUUGAGAAGUAUUUUUUUUUUACCUUAAGUUGGAAGAAACUUGUAGAUUUGAUUCAUGAAUGUAGUUUGUUUCAGCACAUAUAUACAUAUUUCAAAUGUCAUGCAACAUGAAAUUGUGCUGUGCAUGAAUGUCAGGGAAUGUGCUUUGAUGAUAAGUGAUUAAAGAAGCACUUUUA